AUGCAACUUUUUAACGCCAGCGCCACGAUCAACGUUUCUCGUCUUCUAUACAACCCUUCCCUAUGCCUCCCGCAUUUGGCAGUCAAGUCGUUUGACCGAAUUCCGCUUCCGUUGGCGAUUCCGGGCCAAGUGACGGAAAUCAAAGGGAUUGUUCUCGACAAGGACAAUUGUUUUGCCAAAGACCACGACGACAAAGUCUGGCCAGCAUAUGAGGAGACGUGGGCUCGCCUUCUCUCGAUGUACCCAAAGGAAAAAGUGCUUAUUGUGUCGAACUCAGCCGGAACAAACGACGAUGCUGAUUAUGCUCAGGCGAAAAAGCUCGAACAAGAUACCGGCGUAACUGUGCUUCGGCAUCCGACCAAGAAGCCAGGCUGCCAUGAGGAGAUUUUGGCGUACUUUGCCCAGCAGGGGAUCACAGAACCAAAAGAAAUUGCUGUGGUGGGCGACCGUCUUUUCACUGAUAUGCUUAUGGCCAAUAUGAUGGGAUCGUAUGGCAUUUGGAUCAGCGAGGGGGUGGAAAGGUCCGAAAAAGCUUGGGUCAGGAUGGAGAGAUAUAUCUACCACAAAUUGGUGGAGUCUAGAGAUGAUCCGUUUGUGGCUCCGUCCCCAAAAUGA